GCGGUAUUUGAAUGCAUCACUGUGGCGGAUAUGAGGAACGGUGACGUGGAGGCGGAGCGGACAGGUAGACCAGCGAUCCGAGGACUUCAGUAGACCCACGAAGACUACUGGAUAUAGUACACUACUCAAACGUACACGUCGUGGUCGCAAUCGCCUUUUUGGUUGCCGGAGGAGUCCCAUAAUACUCGAUUUAAAUCGUAAACAAGUGAGGAUCCGCAAAGAAAAUGGCGGAGGCGGACGGCUCCAGCAGAGCCUUCUUAGGACUGUCGGAUGUUUCCAUCUCUGAGGACAUCCCGGUGGAGGGAGAUAUCUCAAUGCCCCCAACCUCCAGCUCACAGGACGACGGGUUCUCCACCCUGGACGAGCCGGUGAAGGACACGGUCCUGCGGGACCUGAAGGCGGUGGGCAACAAGUUCGUCCACGUCCUGUACCCCAAGAAGAGCAAAGCUCUGCUGCGGGACUGGGACCUGUGGGGUCCCCUGCUGCUGUGUGUCACGCUGGCCCUGCUUCUCCAGGGGGGGUCGGUGGACAGCAAGGACGACGGGGGCCCGCAGUUCGCCGAGGUCUUCGUUAUCAUCUGGUUCGGGUCGCUCAUCAUCACUUUGAACUCCAAGCUCCUGGGCGGAACCAUCUCGUUCUUCCAGAGCCUGUGCGUCCUUGGCUACUGCAUCAUGCCCCUCACUGUCGCCAUGGUGGUCUGCAGGAUAGUCCUGCUGGGGGGCUCCGGGACCGUCAGCUUUGUGGUUCGGCUGGUUGUGGUCUGUGCAUCCUUCGGCUGGUCCACCUUCGCCUCCACAGCCUUCCUGGCGGACAGUCAGCCCCAGAACCGCAAGGCACUGGUGGUCUACCCGGUGUUCCUCUUCUACUUCGUGAUUGGUUGGAUGAUCCUCACCUUCGCCCCGGCGCAGUGACCCCGUCGGGCGAGGUCCGGGGUGCUGAACCCCUGGAGAGGAGGACUCUAGACCACGAGCCGGAUGGUUGAAGUCAUCCUGGACUUUGUAACUGACUGCUUUUCUUCUGUCUGUCAGGGGGGGUUAACCAAAGCGUACUAUAAAAGGUGGAUUGUUCUUCUGCUGGUCUGCCAGCUGGUUGUCAUGCAUGGGAGGGGAACCGCGGUCAGAAAGUUCAGUUUUUAGGGGACACUGAAGUAAAAGGGACACGACUUAGGAGCUUAAAAGCAUUAAAACUUAACCAACUUGCCUGCUGAUGUGGUCAUGAUUGCAAGUCGACGUAGAGGGAAUGUCUUUGGAGACAGUGCAAUCCUUGUUUUAUAAAAGCACGGGCUUUUGUUUCCUGGUUUAGUUUCCCACUCCCCCCCCCCCCCCUCCUAGUGGACCCAGAAGAGGUGACCCUCUGGUGGACCCAGAAGAGGUGACUCUCUCGUGGAUCCAGAAGAGGUGACCCUCUCGUGGACCCAGAAGAGGUCAAUCUCUGGUGGACCCAGAAGAGGUGACCCUCUGGUGGUCAGGUCUUGGAAUGGUCAACACAAUGAAUGUAGUGCAUCUUGCUUUGGUCGCAUUUAUUUCCUAAAUACAACAUAUGCAUCCAGUUCAGCAAGGGUCCACUUUUAGUCUUUUUGUGUUUUAAUAGCCACAGUGCAAGGUUUAUUUAGUUCUCCUUCAAACUCCUUUUCUGUUCAAACUUUAUUUUCCAUUUUCAGUAUUUGAUACGAAAUGUCCCUUUAUACCAUGACUACUAUCUGAUGACUAUCUUCUUCCUAAUUAUAUUUGAUUCAUAUCUAUUAUGUUAAUACUUGGGGAAGACUAAUAAAACUAUUCUGAACAAAACGAACCCAUGUGGUUUCACGGUUCAUCCAGCUGUAGCUACAAUCGGGUACUGGUGGCACCACGUGAGAAGGGUCAACUGAGGUAGGAUGAUUAUAGGCGCGUUCAUGGUCCUGGUCAGGGAUGACGCUCACACUACGCCUGUUCCAGACAGCCAGGGCUGGGCGAUUGGGCCUAAAAAUAAAAUCUACAUUUUUUCGAACCAAACCUUUUAAUCGAAUAUUUACAUUUAAGUAUGGAUUUUAUUUGAAGAUUAACAAAAGCAAAAUUUGGUUACCACAGACUUUAGGCAAACUCUAAAGGCUUACCUCUUUUUUUUCUUCAAUAAUAUAUAUAUUUUUAAUCGAUUGACCAUAAAUUCGAAUUACGAUUAAAAAUCGAUUAAUCACCCAGCUCUACCGACAGCGACUGUUCAUGUGCACUGCUUUCGGAAGGUUAUUCGUCAGCGGUAUAUAUCACACCAACAGGAUUGCCGCCAACAGCUGUUGGGCGUGGAACAUAGGUUCUGUGUUUGUAGCCUAUACUGUCCUUUAGCUUUUGGUUAUGAGAAGCACAUUGUAUAUAGUAGCAUAGUAUGGUACAGCCACGGUAUGGAGGGCUACACUGGCCCUUAUCUAGAGCUGGUUUACCAGUCCCCAACGUCACUGAGCGUGAUCACUGAUGAGGCAUUUCGUUAUUAUUAGGAGAAUGAACGCGCCUAUAUGAACGGCAGAUUAGAGCCACUACCUGGACUAUACCAACUGGCAGGGGUGGAGUUGGAGCAAUUAGUUGGACUGUCCCACUUGUGAUGUCACACGAGGUCAGAUGAGUGAUGGCGUGUACUGACAGCAUCACACCUGGUUGUUAGAAGGAUUCAUUCUCUACUCUCAACCACCUUUCGAAGUAACAAAUAAAAAGC